AUGCUAGACUACAGGGUGCUAGACUACAGGUCACUAGACUACAGGGUGCUAGACUACAGGUCACUAGACUACAGGUCACUAGACUACAGGGUGCUAGACUACAGGGUGCUAGACUACAGGUCACUAGACUACAGGGUGCUAGACUACAGGUCACUAGACUACAGGGUGCUAGACUACAGUUCACUAGACUACAGGUCACUAGACUACAGGGUGCUAGACUACAGGUCACUAGACUGCAGGGUGCUAGACUACAGGGUGCUAGACUACAUGUCACUAGACUACAUGGUGCUAGACUACAGGUCACUAGACUACAGGGUGCUAGACUACAGGUCACUAGACUACAGUUCACUAGACUACAGGUCACUAGACUACAGGGUGCUAGACUACAGGUCACUAGACUACAGGGUGCUAGACUACAGGUCACUAGACUACAGGUCACUAGACUACAGAGUGCUAGACUACAGGUCACUAGACAACAGUUCACUAGACUACAGGUCACUAGACUACAGGGUGCUAGACUACAGGUCACUAGACUACAGGGUGCUAGACUACAGGGUGCUAGACUACAGGUCACUAGACUACAGGUCACUAGACUACAGGGUGUUAGACUACUGGGUGUUAGACUACAGGUCACUAGACUACAGGGUGCUAGACCACAGGUCACUAGACUACAGGGUGCUAGACUACAGGUCACUACACUGCAGGGUGCUAGACUACAGGGUGCUAGACUACAUGUCACUAGACUACAGGGUGCUAGACUACAGGUCACUAGACUACAGGGUGCUGGACUACAGGUCACUAGACUACAGUUCACUAGACUACAGGUUACUAGACUACAGGGUGCUAGACUACAGGUCACUAGACUACAGGGUGCUAGACUACAGGUCACUAGACUACAGGUCACUAGACUACAGGGUGCUAGACUACAGGUCACUAGACUACAGGGUGCUAGACUACAGGUCACUAGACUACAGGUCACUAGACUACAGGGUGCUAGACUACAGGGUGCUAGACUUCAGGUCACGAGACUACAGGGUGCUAGACUACAGGGUGCUAGACUACAGGUUGCUUACGGGGUGCUAG